GGGGGGGGGAAAUCUCUCCAUUUGCCAGUCGCCACAUCUCCCUAUCGUCUCCGCCGCAAGCCCGCAAGCGAAGAUGGCGACGCCGGCGAACGCCACCACAUUCUCCGGCGAGGUGUGGGCGGAGCUCCGCCUGGCGGACUCCAGCGACGUGCCCCACAUCCACGCCCUCAUCCACCAGAUGGCGGAGUUCGAGCUCCUCACCGACCUCUUCGCCGCCACCCACGAGCUCCUCACCUCCACGCUCUUCCCCUCGCCGCCGCGCCCUCCCUUCACCUCCUUCACCGCCCUCAUCCUCGACCUCUCCCCGUCCCCGCUCCCCGCCUCCGGCCCCUCCACCAUCGCCUCCCACUGCCUCGACCUCUCCGCGUCCCCGCUCGCCGACCCGGAGGCCGCCGCCUUCGCCUCCCCUCGCGGCGGCGGGCGCGUCACCGCGGGCUUCGUGAUCUGCUUCCCCAACUACUCCACCUUCCUCUCCAAGCCCGGGCUGUACGUGGAGGACAUCUUCGUGCGCGCGCCGUGGCGCCGCCGCGGGCUCGGCCGGAUGAUGCUGUCCGCGGUGGCCGGCAAGGCCGCCGAGCUCGGGAUGGGGCGCGUGGAGUGGUGCGUGCUGGACUGGAACAAGAACGCCAUCGACUUCUACGAGGGGAUGGGCGCCGAGGUGCUCCCGCAGUGGCGCAUCUGCCGCCUCACCGGCGCUGCACUCGACAAGUACAAGGGGAACCAGGAGGAGGGGGGAGGCAGCAAGGCGGCGGAGUAGAUCGGCCAUGGAUGGAAACGUCGAUUCUUGGCUGUCCAAUCUCGAGUGAGUGAUUAGUGAUAAUAAAGGUAGUGGAUUUUGGUUCCACUUAUCUGCUCCUUGUGGUGAUGUAUUUCUUGAUAGUGAUUCAGUGCAUUGGAUCGGUUCUUCAUUGCUAUGAAUUACAGUGAUGUUUUAGCUUGAUUAUGUCAUGAACUUGAUCUGAAACAUUUCGGUAUCAAAUUCUUGAUUGAACCACACUGAUUUCGGUAUCAAAUUUCUCAUAGGGUGUCCAAGUUGAUUCA